CGUCGCCAAGACGUGUGACGUAGAGGUCACGUGGUUGGCUCUCCGCUCUUCUGGCCAUGCUGCUUCAGGAAAGCGUGAAAGCGUUCGUGCAGUAACUAACAUUUACUGUUUGGCUCGUUUAAUAUCUGUUCCAAGUGGUUAUGUCGGAGCUAAAGAUUAACAAGAAGUUCGCGGAAAGAUACGGCAAAUAUAGACAAAAGGAGGAGCUGCAGAAAUUAAAAGACCGCUUUGGCGACCGAGAUGUAGAAAGUUCUUCUGGCUCUUCAGACUCGGACUCUGGUGAGGAAAGUGAAGUGGAACUUGAUCCUGAACUCGAGAGGGAUUUUUACAGAACCCUCUCUCUGCUGAAGAAGAAAGACCCGAAGAUCUAUCAGAAAGAUGCGAGGUUCUAUGCAGAGGAAGCUGCCAGCUCAGGAAGCGAUGAGAGACCCUCCACGUCUAAAAAGGCUGAGAAACCAAUGUUCCUGAAGGAUUAUCAGCGGAAAGUGAUUUUGGAGAGGGAAGGAAAAUUUGAUGAUGAUGAUGAUAGUGAAGAUGAAGAGGCUGCCAGGCAAAUGCGAGAGAGAGCUGCAUCUCCCAGCUACAUUCAGGAGCAGAAGCAACUGAAGGAGAGCUUUCAGAAGUUUGUGCAAGACAGUGAUGAAGGUAGUGAUGAAGGCCAACUGUUGAAACGCAGGACCAAAACACAAGAGGAGAAGGACAAAGAGGAGGCUGACUAUGUGGAAUGGCUGAAAGGGCAGGCAGAGCUGGAAGGAAGAGAUGAAGUCCAGGACAUGAAAUACCUGAAAGAUUACUGGAACAAUCCGGAGCUGGAUGAGAAGGAAUCUUUUCUACGAGACUACAUCCUCAACAAAGGAUAUCUAGACGAGGAUGAGGAGAGAAUUCCAACCUAUGACGAGCUCAUGCAGGAGGAUGUGGAAGACUCUGAGGAGGAGGGUGAAUCAUUUCUGCAAAAGCAAGAGGACUUUGAGAGGCACUACAACUUCCGCUUUGAGGAGCCUGGUGCUCAACAGAUCAAGACAUACCCUCGCACAAUUGCCACUUCAGUCCGAAGUAAAGAUGACAGGAGGAAGAAAAAGAGGGAAGAAGUGAGGGACAGAAAGGUGAAGGAGAAGGAGCGGAAGCAGCAGCAGUUAAGGGAGCUGAAGAACCUGAAGCGAGCGGAGAUCAUGGAGAAACUAAAGACUCUUCAGAAAGUAACGGGGAAUGAACAGCUGGCAUUUAGUGAACUGGACCUGGAGGGAGACUUCGAUCCUCAGCAACACGACCAACUGAUGCAGAAGUGUUUUGGCGAUGAGUACUAUGGUGACAAUGAGGAGGAGAAACCUCAGUUUGAUGAUGCUGAUGAAGAGUUGGAGGGGCACUGGAAUUGGGACACAUGGACAGGUGAGGUUGAGGAAGGAUUUGAGGAGGAGGGAGAGUAUGGAGAGGAAGAGUAUGAUGGUGAACAGGAGAGCUUCCAGCCAAACUGUGAGGAUCCUGACUUCAUUAUGGAUGCUGACUAUGAUCCAAGUCAACAGCCUCUAUCUAAGAAAAAGAAACGGAAAGAGCUGAAGAAGAAAAAAACCAAAGACGAUGCCCCUCUCAUGGGCAAGAAGAAGAAGAAGAAACAUCACUUUGCUGAAGUCCUCACCAAAAGUAAACCAGUGUUUGACCCACAGGAGAAGACAUUUGAGCAGUACUUGGAUGAGUACUAUAAACUGGAUUAUGAGGACAUCAUAGAUGAUCUGCCCUGCAGGUUCCGCUACAGACAAGUGGUGCCAAAUGACUUUGGCCUAACCACUGAAGAGGUCCUGGAAGCAGAUGAGAAGGAGCUAAAUCGCUGGUGCUCGCUGAGGAAGACCUGCAUGCACAGAACUGAGAGAGAAGAGCUCUGUGAUGUGAAGAAUUAUCAGAUCAAAGCUCAGAACGUCCAAAAGAAGAAACAAGUAUUCACAUCCUUGUAUACUGAGAAUGAUGAACUCCAUAGUCAGUCAGACACCAAGGUAAAAAUGGGUAAGAAAAGGAGGGCUCAGCUAAAGAAGGCAGAGAUGGAGAGAGAGAACACAGAGCUGAAGGAAGACAAAAACGAGGAAGCGGAGUCCAAUCAGGAAGCUUCAGCAGCCAACACGGCAGAUGGCAUAGCAGCCGAAGCCUUGAGAGAGACAUUGGUUGAGGAGGAAGAGGAUAAUGAAGAGUUCCUGGUGCCUAAGAAAAAGAUGAAGAUGGAGAGGGGCACUGUUAAAGAUGAAAAGGGAGAGGCUCCCAAAGAGGAGCCCAGGACUGAAAAGCCAAAAUGGCUAAAGAAGAAAAACAGGCACAGAGGUGGACAGCUACUUUCUCGCUCUCUGAAGGUGAAGAUGGGAGGCAGAGAGUUUAGCGGACAGAGACUGAGAGCCUAUGGCCUGAAUCCGAAGAGGAUGCAUUUCAGAGAAUUGUACAGGCAGAAACGAAAAGAAAGAGAAAAGAAAGAAAAGUUGAAAAAUAAAGCCAAGAGUGCUUGAGAAAUAGUAUUAGACCAAUGAGGUUGAUAAGAGACUAACAUUUUCAUUGGCACCACCAGUUGGUGCACAGGUUAGUGGUUUGACUGCCAAUGAAGAAUCGGUGCAUACUGAUGUACAGUUGCAAAAUAAAAGCUUGUAUGGUUUUAUAGUGUUA